GAGACUAGAUUUAAAUAAGCGUUUCAACGAUGAGCAGCGUCGCGUCUAUUCUGGGCGGCAGUGUUGUGGCCAUGGCCGGAAAUGAAUGCGUGGCCAUUGCUACGGAUCAUAUUAUUCUUCAUGAUGGCGAAAACUACGACUUUGACUACGGAAAUUUGUUCCAAGUGCAUCCGUAUAUAUAUGUGGCACUCUCAGGAUGCGAACAAGAUAUUAUUCGCGUGCGCAAUCGUAUGCUGCUACGUCAGAAUAUGUUCGGCAAUGUAACGCCGGAGAUAUAUGCUAAAAAUCUUUCAAACUACCUCAAAGAGCCCCGUUUGAAGCCCUAUCAAGUCGAGAGCGUUGUAGCCGGACUCAACACCGACACAGUGGAGCCGUUUAUCUGCGGUGUGAAUGGGAGUGGAGAACUCUUGAACUCCGAGGACUUUUCUGCAUCCGGAAAGUGCCCUUUAAUUGGUACCAUGUGCAAGGCUCUCUGGAAACCAGAUCUGAAGCCGUCCGGUCUGUUGGCUGUGAUAUCCGACUCCAUCAUGGGAGGUUCCGAUCUCAAGGGCGCCGACUGCUGGGGUGCCACUAUUUACGUUUUGCACAAGACUUCUGAGGAAGUUGUGGUGCUGCCCAGAGAUUAAUUUUUAAUGUGCAAUGCGUGCGUGUGCGAGUGUGUGCCUAAACAAUAACAAUAACAAUAAAACAAGA